AUGUCGGCAACCUUAAAGACCAAGACAAACUCUUAUUCCGUGGCUUCCGGCAAACAAACCCCCAAAAGUUCAGUUCUGAAACUGAACUACAAAACAGUUGAUGAAGGAAAUCAUGAUACACAUUUUUUCGAGGGCCAGGAUGAACGUUCGACCGAUGGUAUUCUAAGAGUUAAUGCAAAGUACAGAGCUACCGCAAAAGCUCCGGAUUUCCUACCCAGUUGGGAUCCGAAUGAGAAGUAUGGACCUUUGACUUUCCAUGAAUACGAUGAUCCUGCUUUGAGAGCGGACCCAACAUUUUCAAACCUGUUUCCUAAAGAUAAAGAAAACGAAAUUGCUGUGAGGCCGAUCACACCAAAACUAGGUUCUGAAAUUAAGGGAAUUCAAUUAUCUCACCUUUCGGAUGCUGCGAAAGAUGAGCUGGCUCUUUUGAUUGCUCAAAGAGGUGUUGUUGUUUUGAGAGAGCAGGAUUUCGCAGAGAAAGGUCCUCGAUAUGUCGCAGACUUUGUUAGCCACUUUGGAAAGUUGCACAUCCAUCAAAGCAGCGGUCACCCGGAGGAUGUUGCCGAGCUACAUGUAACAUACCGUAGGCCUGAUGAACAAGAAUUCGAAAGGUUGUUCGCUGAUAGAACGAGCUCUAUAUUUUGGCAUUCUGAUGUUUCUUACGAGUUGCAGCCGCCUUCUUAUACUUUUUUCACUGUACUCGAAGGACCAAAUGGAGGUGGCGACACGUUGUUUUCUGAUGGAAUUGAAGCUUAUGAGAGACUUUCUCCAACCUUUCAGAAUUUUUUGAGCCGUUUACAUGUCGUCCACAGUGGAAUUGAACAAGCAGAACACUCGAAAAGACAGGGUGGUAUUGAGAGAAGAAAGGCUUCCGCCUAUAUUCAUCCAUUAAUCAGGUAUCACCCAGUUUUGAAGAGAAAGAGUAUUUUUGCUGAUCCAUCUUUUUCUAGAAGAAUCGUGGAGUUGAAGAAACAGGAGUCUGAUCUUCUCUUGAAGUUUUUAUUCGAUCUAAUAGGAAAUACACAUGACAUUCAGUUGAGAGCAAAUUGGGAGUCUAAUACAGUGGCAAUUUGGGAUAACCGUAGGGUUCAUCACUCUGCCGUUGUAGAUUGGGAAAAGCCUGUCAGCAGACAUGCAGUGAGAAUAACCCCCCAAGGUGAAAGACCUGUGGAAGAUCCUAAAUACCUUAAUGAUCCCAGCUAUUACCCCGAUCCUGUCAACAAUGUUUGA